AUGGCAAACUUCGAUCAUGAUCUCAUCAAAGAUGUAGAUGAUUCUAAAGAUACCUGGUGUAUUGUUGCGAGAGUGCUGAGAAAAUGGAUUAUGGCUAAAAAGACACCGCCUUUUGAUAUUUUUAAAGUAGGGAUGAUUUUAGUUGAUGAACAGGGGUAUAGAGUUGAAGCUUUUAUGUCCCAGAAAGCACAAUUACAAAGAUACAUGGAUGAAAUAACAGAGGGUGAAGUAUAUCAGUUUGAGAACUUUGUAGCUGUGCCCAACAAUGAUGCUUUCAAACUUUGUCAUCACACUUGGAAGAUUCGUUUCCACUCCAUGACGUUUUUCCAAAAGCAUGACUUAGCAGUCCCUUUAAAUGCAUUUAACUUUGUUCCAAUAAAGGAUAUUGCUGACUAUAAUGCUACAAAUUAUGAAUUGAUUGAUGUCAUUGGGUUCCUUCAAGCAUUUGGAAACUUGGUUGACCACAAAAAAGACUCACAGACCAUAAAGACACUGAAUUUCACCAUCGCUGAUCAUAACCAAAUCCCCAUUAACGUGGCUCUUUUCGGAGAUGUGGCAAUCAAUGCAUUUGAAGCUAGGACUGAUGAUUUGGAAGUUCCUACUGUAGUUGUCAUCCGAUUUGCAAGGAUAUCAACAACUAAAGGUUACGGACAUAUAACUAAUGCUUUCCAUGCUACAAGAGUUUUGUUCAAUCCAGACCUCCCUGAAGUCAGAGAAUUAAUUGCCAGACUCGGUGAGACACCUGGAGCAAGUCAGAACUUCUCACAAGUUUCAUCUACCGAAAGUCAAAUUGUCACCAAGGUCACCAUCCAGAAAGUUGAGAGUGAGUAUGGUUGGACCUAUGAUGGAUGUCCAUGCGAUAAAAAACCAGUGCAUGUUGAUGAUAAAUUGAUGAAGUGUACUUCUUGUAAUCAAGAAGUGCUUAAGACUGAACCCAAGUUCAAAGUCCAUUACAAAGUAUUUGAUUCCACUGGACAAUGUUCGAUGCUUUUCUUCAACCGGCAUGCAUCUGCUCUAUUAGAAUGUUCAGCUUCUGAACUUAAGAAGAAGGUGGGGUCGUCUCGAUCUUUUCCAAAAGAGUUAGAUCGACCUGUUGGAAAGGAAAUUGUCGUAAUGGUCAAGGUUAAGGAAAACAACAUAAAAUAUCCUGCCAGUAGUAUGGGAGUGUCACAGUUCUCUGUGAAAAAGGAUAUUUUGGAUCAGUUCACAUACUCUAAUGUCAGCGCUGAUGCCAACGCUAAUGUCAAGAAUUCACCAAUCGAGUCAUCUUCCUCAUACUCAUCUCCCAAGAUGCUUGGCACUCACAACAUUGCGGAUGAUGAUGAUGAUCUUACAAUAUCUCAGAUAAUCACACCUGUGGAGACCUUGUCAAAGAAAAAGAGGAACGGGAAAAAUGAAUCAGAACAACUUGAUGAUAUAGGCCUCUCCGAAGGGUCCCCUCCAAGCUUCAGCAGCACCAAACCGGCAAAGAAGAUCAAGAAGGAGAAAUGA